AUGUACAGGGUGAAGGUCAUGCUGAGGGUGAAAGAAGGGGAAGGAAGGGAAUGCUUGGAAUUGGACCCGAAAAGGAGACAGGUUGCUCUCCUUGACCCCAGUCGGGUCGCGGUUGGAUCCAAUCAUUCUUUUGUUCCAGCAUGUGCUCCGAAGAUGUUCGCUUUCGAUGCCCUUUUCCACCCUCAAGAGUCUCAGGUAACACCUAACGUCAUCAAGAGUCACCAUGGAUCUGUAGGAAAGACAGAGACCAUGGUGGGUCGGGAUGGGAAUCCGGGCAUAAUCCCGAUGGCCAUCGCUUGGCUAUUCAAGAGCAUUGGAGAGCAGAGGCAGAAAAGCGGAGCCAGGUUCUCCGUCAGGAUUUCCGCCGUCGAAGUCCUGGGUGCCCAGGAGACACUCCGGGAUCUCCUCGCUCCCUAUGCUCACGACUCGGAGCAAUCUCCCGGAGUGUAUCUCAGGGACGACCCACUGUUCGGAGCCCAGUUGCAGAACGUCAGCGAGCUGAGAGCGUCGAAUGCCCAGAAGGCGGCGUAUUACCUGGAUGCAGCCCUGGCUGCUAGAACUCCACAGGGUUCGGCUGGGAACGUCCAUCUGUUAUUCACCCUCCAUCUGUAUCAAUAUAGCCUGGUGGAUGGGAAAUCCGGCAAGUCUGCAGUGUCGGGAGGAAGAAGCCGACUGCAUCUCUUUGACCUCGGAGGAGGGGAUAAGACGAGCAAGGGAGGCCUCACCUCUUCGGCGAUCGGGAAUGUCCUCAUCGCCAUCUUUAAUGGAAUCAGGCACCUGCCGCAUAAGGAGAGCAAGAUGACGCAGUUACUGCGGGAAUGCCUGAAUUCCCUCACGUGCCAGGCGACAGUGAUCGCUCAUGCCUCCAAUGCAGCCGACCACUACUCUGACAGCCUGGCCACAAUACAGCUCGCCUCUAGGAUACAUCGCACGAGGCGCAAGAAGAUUAAAAUGCGAAUUGGAGGAUCAGGGAGUUCGGGGACAGAGAGCUCCUCCACCUCUGGCAAGAGCACAGGUCCAUCAAGCAGCGAGCAGAGCUGCGACACGGUCAUAUACCUUGGUCAUGGGGCCGCCUCAGGAUCCGCAGAUGACACAGCGACAGACGGAGAGCAUCCACCUACUCAUUGUCCCUUGGCUCGAAUCAAGCACAUCGAGAAGCAGGCCCAGAUGAAAGGGGCUCGGGACAGAGGGCCCAAACCACCGUUGGCUCCAAAGCCAACCCGACUUCCCCGACCUGUCACUCCAAAAUAUUCUGCCAUUAGUCAACCAAGAGCAAAUGGCAUUGAAGGGAAAGACACCACAAAUGACCCUCUUUCUACUGAUGCCGACACUGCUCAACUAAUGGAAUCAGAGACUGCCUGGAAAGAGGAACACUGGAUAGAUGGUCCCAAGUUCUCAAAAUCUCAAGUGGCUCGGGCCAGGAGAGUGAAGGCACAGACAGCCGGAAUAAGGACAAAUGGGGCCCUUCUGUAUGGUUUCAUGGACCGGCAUAAGAAGGCCAUGAUUGAGCAGUGGGUCAAGGGCCAGGCUGAGUCUGCAGAGGUCUGGAUAGACCAACCCCCCUCUGAGGGUGACUGCCAACCAAUCACAGAACAGACACAGGAAGAAGUCUCUCCUGAAAGGGAUUACAAGGUGACAGCAGUGGACAUAGAAAAUGAGAACGAGGGCUAUGACUUGGGAACAGGUCAAGACCCUGAUCUUGAAUUGAUCUUGGUGCGUGACACUGGGGCUCAGGUGACUGAGGAAGAUAUAUCUAGGUGUCUGGGUGUGGACAUUGAGAAUCCUCUUCCUGAGUCAGAUCAGGAGAGUCUUCUUGAUCAUCCUCUACGCAUUUUGAAUGGCAUUUCUGUCUAUGAAAGUGGGGAUGAUCUAGAGGACCCAUCAAAUUUGACAGAAGACCUGCUACAAGCCUGGAGAUGUGAAUAUUUUGCUAAGCGUUUUCCCAUUCCUCCUUUGGCACAGGAGGAAGGGAAUCAUAAUACUCCACUCCGCUGCCAGUCCCUGACUCUCAAAGACAUGUUGUAUGGAAGUGCAGAGUCAUCACUGAAUGAGAAACUUAGUGAAAUCGCCAGCAUUUCCAGUGAGCCAUUCCGUGAAGACAAGGUCCCACUGGUGCGAUCAAAGAUGCGCCCUUUGCCCGAAGAUGUUGCCAACAGUUGCCUUUGCUCAGACUUUGAAACUCAGCUGCAGAACAAGCUGAGCUUGAUGUAUGCAUCGCUUCGGCUCCCAGAUGGCGCAUUGGACCCCAAUUUUACAAUGGAGGAGAAUGUUGUGAAACCCUUGGAACCAAUGACUUCAGAGAAGCCUUGCACAGUGUCUGACUCCAGUCUGCAUAGCCUCUCUCGUUCUCACACACUCAGCAGCAGUGGUGGAAGUGGUAGCAAUACUCUGGGUAGUAACAGCUGGGAAGGCUAUGAUAGUGGCCACGACUCUGGGCUAGGCUUUCAGCCUCACAAUGAGAAAGGGAAAGACAAGUUCUUGAAACUGCUAGGAAGAGCUAAGCCAGUGCAUAUCAAGCCUCCUACAGUUCAAGAUAGUGAAAGUUCGAGUGGUGGCUCCAGUCAAGACUCCGACCCAGAGGAAGAUCGGAACAUCAAAUGCUUGGAAGCGCAGUCAGAGGAUCCAGAAUGUCCACCACUGGAAGUGGAGGAACUUGGGCUUGAGGAUGUAAUUAAAGCUGAGCGACUUGCCAGCUCCACCCCAGUGGAUGAACAUUACAUAUCCUGUAUGAGAGGAAAAUACCAAAGCCUGCUCAAGGAACUUGGACAAGCAAGGGCUCGCCUUGUCACCCAUGAGGUCAUUGAAGAUACUGAUAGCUCAGGGAAGGAACCAGUGACUUCUGCUGAGUGGGAGAGUGAAGUUCAACACCUUGAAAAGCAGGUGGCAUCAUGUAAAGCCAAAUUACUCAUGGUCACCUGCUUUGACUCAAGAAUUUGAAUGAGUGUGUCUGUGCAUCUGCAUCUCUCUUCUUGUGGCCCCUGUGAUAAUCUGUGAUACUUGACCUUCCCUGAGCAUUUCCAACCUCCCUUAUAUUUCCCCCAACAAUUCUUCAAUGAAAAUCAUGAACCGGUAGUUAUGACUGAAUAAAAGGCUGAAGUCAAUUGAAAAAAUAAUA